AAAUUACACUUGUUCUUCUUGCCAUACCGUAGAACUGGUACAAGCUGUCAACAACCGGUGUGGUUGUUAGAUACAUGUAGUGAUAUUUGUAGUUAAUCGAUCACAAACUGUGAUUCUGUAGCUGGCAAACAUCUAUUAUUGAGCAGAGAUGGAAGCGACUGAAAAAAAUAAUGCAUGUAACAGUAGCGAGUUUAGAAGAAGCGAGUUAUCAGACACAGAACUCGAGAUUGUGGGGCAACCCUACUCCAUCUCGGUGCUCAAAGUAGGCUAUUGUCUGUCCGAACAGGACGGUUCUUUUCGAGCAGACGGGACUAUCUCUCUCCUAACGGGACCUAGAACUAUUCUAGUAGACACCGGAGGACCGUGGGACCGGGACUUUCUAGUGAAAAGGCUGAAGGAUAAGCGACUAGACCCGGGUGAUAUCAGUUUGGUGGUGGGGACACAUGGCCACUCCGACCAUGUUGGUAAUCUGGGGCUGUUUCCAGGGGCAACAAUAGUUGUGGGGUGUGACAUCAGUGAGGGGGAUAGGUACCUUCCUAACCAGCUGGCUGAGGGGCAACCCUAUCCUAUUGAUGAACACGUGUCAAUAGUACCCACUCCGGGCCACACAGGGCGCGAUGUGAGCCUUCUUGUGAAGGGAACCACAAUGGGCACGGUGCUUGUUGCCGGGGACCUAUUUGAGUGUUGCACUGACGACGACAGUUGGAGGGAACUGAGUGAGAAUCCUGCAGUUCAGGAGGCCAGCCGACGGGAGGCGCUACGCACCUCUGAUGUCAUCAUCCCGGGACACGGGUUGCCGUUCAGGGUCCACAGGGAGGAGGCGGACGGACGCUCCGGGUAGAAACUGCACUGUUAGGCCCUUAGGCACAGAUCAGUUUUAGCCUUCCUCUCUCUAACCGUAGCAAUGUGGGGGAAGAAGUGCAAAACCUUAGAUCAGUGGUUAGGAGUAACCACUGAUGUGUACAGUGCAUUCCGAAAGUAUUCAGACCCCUUCCCCUUUUCCACAUAUUGUUACGUUACAGCCUUAUUAUAAAAUGUAUAAAAAAAAAAAUAAUUAAUCAAUCUACACCCAAUAUCCCAUAAUGACAUCACAAUACCCCAUAAUGACAUCACGGUACCCCAUAAUGACAAAGCAAAAACAGGUUUUUAGACAUUUUUGCAAAUUGUUUGUACAGCUCCGUGACAGGAUUGUGUCGAGGCACAAAUCUGGGGAAGGGUACCAAAACAUUUCUGCAGCAUUGAAGGUCUGCAAGAACUGUUAGGGUUGCGAAAGUUCGACUGAGAUAGGAACAAUAGUACACCUGAACUUGGUUAAAAUAAUUGUUUAAUUCAAAAGUUAAUAAAUGGCAAAUACAUUUUUCGUAUAUACGGGUUCACUGCACCACCCCGCAGGGUGGAACAAGGAACUGAUUUGUUUCUGACAAAGAUAUUAUUUUAUACUCGUGACAGAGAUAGUUCCCGCUUCCGAGCCGGCCUGUCAGAGUAGAGACUGGGCGUGGUUUAGACUCACCCAGCCUAUCGUUGAUGUUGGCGCCUUAAGCCAGUCCUGGCCCCUUAGCGCAUGUGAUGUCCCGACGCUGUUGCUGUGUAGAUUACGCUCCUUCACCCCAAAGACUGAGGUCAGACAGCUUCUGCAAUAUUGUCUGAGCUAUUCGCACCUGUAUACAAUGGCCACUGUUAGCUCAAGGCUAACCGCAGCUUCCCAGCUUCUUAUCUGAGCUAACUGUUACUUCCAGCACACACACACAGACAUCCAGGCGCCCAGGCCAACAGGUUAUCAAUAUCCAAUCACGUUUGUUAUAGUAUUCAAUCACAUAUAAUACAGUUGCUAAUCACGUUUGUUAUAGUAUUGGGUUAUAGUGCAUAACUCAGAACCUCACAUGUGUUUUUCGUGUGUAUAGUUUAUCUGUUAUUGUCUGGUCAGCAGUCUCCUGAUUCACCCCCCUCCUGUGUCUCUCUAAGAUUAGCACAGUCUCGGCCACAUAGUACAGCGCCCACACUACUGAUACAUUUGUUGCAUACACACACAUAUUUCAUACACACACACAUUUCAGACUGCUUGUUCAUAUCUUAUGCUCAGAUACAUUUGUUGCAAUUUCAGGCUGUGGCCUCAUGGUUAGACAACAUGAGUCAGUAAUUCAAACUUUAAUGCAUAAGAAUAGUUAGUUAAGCAUGUCAAAAAACCUUAUAAAAACCCCACAGAACACAGUGGCCUCCAUCAUUCUUAAAUGGAAGAAGUUUGGAACCACCAAGACACUUCCUAGAGCUGGCCGCCCGGCCAAACUGAGCAAUCAGGGGAGAAGGGCCUUGGUCAGGGAGAUGACCAAGAACCCAAUUGUCACUCUGACAGAGCUCCAGAGUUCCUCUGUGGAGAUGGGAGAACCUUCCAGAAGGACCACCAUCUCUGCAGCACUCAACCAAUCAGGCUUUUAUGGUAGAGUGGCCAGACAGAAGCCACUUCUCAGUAAAAGGCACAUGACAGCCCGCUUGGAAUUUGCCCAAAGGCACCUAAAGGACUCUCAGACCAUGUGAAACAAGAUUCUCUGGUCUGAUGAAACCAAGAUUUAACUCUUUGCCCUGAAUGCCAAGCGUCACGUCUGGAGGAAACCUAGCACCAUCCCUACGGGGAAGCAUGGUGGUGGCAGCAUCAUGCUGUGGGAAUGUUUUUCAGGGACUGGGAGACUAGUCAGGAUUGAGGGAAAGAUGAACGGAGAAAAGUGCAUAGAGAUCCUUGAUGAAAACCUGCUCCAGAGCUCUCAGGACCUCAGACUGGGGCAAAGGUUCACCUUCCAAUAGGACAACGACGCUAAGCACACAGCCAAGACAAUGCAGGACAUGUCUCUUAAUGUUCUUGAGUGGCUGAGCCAGAGCCCGGACUUGAACCUGAGUAAAGGCUCUGAAUACUUACAGUACCAGUCAAAAGUUUGGACACACCUACUCAUUCAAGGGUUUUUCUUUAUUUGUAAAUUUUUUUACAUUUUAUAAUAAUAGUGAAGACAUCACAACUAUGAAUUAACACGUAUGGAAUCAUGUAUUAACCAAAAAACUGUUAAACAAAUCCAAAUAUUUUAUAUUUUUCAGAUUCUUCAAAGUAGCCAUCCUUUGGCUUGAUGACAGCUUUGCACACUCUUGGCAUUCUCUCAACUAGCUUCAUGAGGUAGUCACCUGGAAGUUAUGUCAAUUAAUAAGUGUGCCUUGUUAAAAGUUCCUUUGUAGAAUUUCUUUCCUUAAUGCUUUUGAGCCAAUCAGUUGUGUUGUGACAAGGUAGAGGUGGUAUACAGAAGAUAGCCCUAUUUGGUAAAACACCAAGUCCAUUACUUUAAGAAAUGAAGGUCAGGCAAUCCAGAACAUUUCUUUUGAAGUUUCUUCAAGUGCAGUCGCAAAAACUAUUAGGCACUCUGAUGUAACUGGCUCUCAUGAGGACCGCCACAGGAAAGGAAGACCCAGAGGAGACUGUGUGAAUCAUGCCUUCAUGGUCAAAUUGCUGCAAAGAAACCACUACUAUUUUUUUUAUUUGUAUUUAACUAGGCAAAUCAGUUAAGAACAAAUUCUUGUUUACAGUGACGGCCUUCCCCGGACGACGCUGGGCCAAUUGUGCACCGCCCUAUGGGACUCCCAAUCACUGCCGGUUGUGAUACAGCCUGGAAUUGAACCGGGGUCUGUUGUGAUGCCUCUAGCACUGAGAUACAGUGCCUUAGACCGCUACGCCAUGCGGGAGCGUGAAAAGAAGAAAAGACUUGCUUUGGCCAAGAAACACAAGCAAUGGACAUUAGACCGAUGGAAAUCUGUCCUUUAAUGUGAUGAGUCCAAAUUUUAGAUUUUUGGUUCCAACCGCUGUGUCUUUGUGAGAUGCAGAGUAGUGGAACGGAUGAUCACCGCAUGUGUGGUUACCGCUGUGAAGUAUGGGAGAGGAGGUGUGAUGGUGUGGGGGUGCUUUGCUGGUGACACUGUCAGUAAUUUAUUUAGAAUUCAAGGCACACUUAACCAGCAUGGCUACCACAGCAUUCUGCGGCAUUAUGCCAUCCCGUCUGGUUUGUGCUUAGUGGGACUGUCUCUUGUUUUUCAACAGGACAAUGACCCAAAACACACCUCCAGGCUGUGUAAGGGCUAUUUGACCAAGGAGAGUGAUGGAGUGCUGCAUCAGAUGACCUGGCCUCUACAAUCACCUGACCUCAACCCAAUUGAGAUGGUUUGGGAUGAGUUGGACCGCAGAGUGAAGGAAAAGCAGUCAACAAGGGCUCAGCAAAUGUGGGGACUCCUUCAAGACUGUUGGAAAAGCAUUCCUCAUGAAGCUGGUUGAGAGAAUGCCAAGAGUAUGCAAAGCUGUCGUCAAUGCAAAGAGUGGCUACUUUGAAGAAUUUAAAAUAUAUAAAUUAUACUUUGAUUUGUUUAACACUUUUUUGGUUACUAUGUGAUUCCAUAUUUGUUAUUUCAUAGUUUUGAUGUCUUCACUAUUAUUCUAUAAUGUAAAAAAUGAAGAAAAACCCUUGAAUGAGUAGGUGUGUAAAACAUUUGCAAAAAUGUCUAAAAAACGUUUUUUUUUAAUGAGGUAUUUGUGUGUAGACUGAUGUAGACCUUAAUAAAUGCAUUUUUAUAGCUUCCAAAAUCAUUUUUUUUUACAUUGGCGGAGGAGUACCAAAAUGGCUGUGUGCUCCAAUACAGCGCCCCCCUGUCAGUCAUCUAGGGUUAAUACACAUCAUUGGGCGGUAAACUUAUCGUCACCUCACAGUGACUGAAUCUAUGUCGGGACCUUCCACACACAUACUCGACUCACACUGAAGAGAUGUAUUGGCCAUGCGUAUUGGUGUGCUAGUGUGUGUCGGGACACAGUGACUGUCCACGGACCCAAACGAGAUGCUGUGGCACAUCUAGCCGUGGCAAGAAGCGCAUCACACUAGUCUGCGGUGUAGGGACAGUCGUCUGUGUUGAUCACCUGUCUACUUUGCAAACGUGCCUUGAAAUGAAACGUGUACAUGGGAUGUGCAUGUCUCCUUGGGGCACGAGGAGGCUAUGAAUGAUCAUUCUGUGGUGGUAGACAUAUUUGAAAUGAAAGGUCUACAUGGGAUGUGCAUGUCUCCUUGGGGCACGAGGAGGCUAUGAAUGAUCAUUCUGUGGUGGUAGACAUAUUUGAAAUGAAAGGUCUACAUGGGAUGUGCAUGUCUCCUUGGGGCACGAGGAGGCUAUGAAUGAUCAUUCUGUGGUGGUAGACAUAUUUGAAAUGAAAGGUCUACAUGGGAUGUGC